CCCAUCUGCCUGUGCACGUUUGAGUGCCCCUCCACGCUGAGCUGCGGACACUCGUUCUGCCUCCGGUGUCUGGACGUUGCCUGGGAGAGAGCGAGCAGCUUCAGCUGCCCGCAGUGCCGAGCGACCUUCCUUGAGCGACCCCAGCUGAAGAGGAACGUGGUGCUCGCAAACCUGGUGGAGCAGCUCAGAGUUGGAGAGAGGAUGGCUGCAGUUGUCUUCUGUGACACCUGUGGUGAUGGGAAGACUCGUGCAGUGAAGACCUGCCUCAGGUGUGAGACUUCCUUCUGUGAGUCCCACUUGCAACCUCACGUGAUUAACCCGAGAUUGAUGGACCACGUCCUGGUGGCUCCCAUUGUCAGCCUGGAGGAGCGACGAUGCCAGCAGCAUGGAGACCCUUACAGGUUCUUCUGCAAGCAGGACGAGUGCCUGGCCUGCACGGUCUGCACCAUCGCAGGAGACCAUAGAGGACAUGAUGUCAUCACACUGGAGAAAGAGCACGAAACACGGAAGACUGUUCAGUCAGUAGAGGCUGACUUACUGGCCAUCACUGUGGAGGGCUCCGUGUGGAGUGGGGCUGAGAUGGAGCCGCUCAGGGAGUGGAGUCUCCUCUGGUGACUUCGUCUCUUACAGAGUGGAGUCGGAG